AGUGACAAUAUCGCACCUUUCCAUCUACAUCCCAGUUUGUAUCCAGUACUCCUUCUCUUAUCUCGUCUUCAUCCUUCAGCUAUGGAUGGCAAUGAUUCCACAUUAAACAUGGCUGCUUUCAUACCAUAUGUUUUAAGGUGAAUGAUUUACCACUAAAAUAUUCUAUGAUGUCUUUUAAAUUGUAAGUACGCUACUAAGUUUAUAGCAGCCGAACCAUAGAUAUCUUAUAUACACUAGAUAGUGCAUCUAAUUAUUCUGCACUUCAAAAAUUGAAGCCGUGAUUGCAGUCUCAGGUCGUUCCCAUGAAAUGAGAAGAUUCAUAUGUUUUCUAUUUCUUAAACAGGGGACUUAAACAUUAAGUUAACCCUAUUCCAAAUACGUUUUUAAACUAUUCAAAGGAUGAAAGUUAUUGUUGUUUUUUAAGCGUUUAUUAGCAAGUGGGAACGACCAACAUGGCCGCUACCUAUUCAAAUGGGGGUAACCGCUGGAAUAUUCUUGGCUUCAAUUUUACUAAAAGAGAUGCGCUAUCUAGUGUAUAUAAGAUAUCUAUGAGCCGAACCGACAAGCAAUUGCAAAUGUAAAUACAAUCGAAUUUAGUCGAACUACAGUUAGCUGUUCACCAUGCAGUUGAACUUCAGUUUCAAACAAAUGAUAACCGGAUAAUCAUACCUCAGCACGAAUUAGGCCUGUUGUAGUUUGCUUAAUGCUGUUUGGGUCAUUCGUACUUUAAAGAAUGACUUGGCCUCCAUGGAAUACAAAAAUGCCGAAUUUCACAAUUAACAAGAAUGACUUUAUUUAAAUUUCAACGUACAACAGUAAUUUGUUUCAUCAAUGAUUUAAUGAUGGAAUAACGAUAACUUCAAGGCAUCAUCUCCUCAGAAAGAGAAUGAUGCGGCCUGGUAACUAGCCAGAUCUCAACCCAAUUGAGCAUCUUUGGGACCACCAAAAGCACACCGGCUAAUUUGGGCUCAAUUGUUGCAGGAGGAAUGUAUGGCUAUAUCUCAACGGUGGGUGAGCAGACCAUGCCUUGAGGUGGUCGAGAAGCGUGCAUGGUGGUUACACCCAUUAUUAAAUCAUUGAUGAAACGUUGUUGUGAAAUUUAAAUAAAGUCAUUCUUGUUAAUUUUGAAAUUUGGGUAUUUUUGUAUUCAAUGGAAGUUAAGUCAUAAGUCAUUCUUUAAAGCAUGCAUGAAUGACCCACACAACAUUAAGCAACUACCAUAGGUCUAAUUAGUGCUAGGUUUGAGUAUCAGGUAAUCAUUUAUUUAAAACUUAUUUAAAACUUAUAUAUAUUUAGGAGGAAACUUUCUUUUUGUGUGGUGUUUAUAUUAUUCUGUCUUCAAUGUCACUUUCUGUGCUUUUUUGAGCUCACUCUUUCCCAACUAUUUUGUGUUUCAGGUGUUCGAAGAGUUGCGUUCUCAAGACUCGUGCUAUGGCCGCCCGUGCGCUUGUGCCUCUGGUGUCUGGUGUAGCUUUGCAGGAUAUGCUGAAAAAUCUUAUUGAAAAUUUGCCACAAUCAUGCACUAAAAGGUAGGUAAACUUUGUUUAAGAAAAAGAAAACUAGUGAAUAAUAGGUGAGUAUUCUUGCCCUAUUCACCAACACUGAGGUGAAUAAUUGUUUUAGCAUAUGCCAUAGCAAAACAAAUUAAAAUGGUCAUAGCAAAACAAAAACGACCAAAAAGCAACACAAAUAUUUUUAAAACAAUUUGUAUUGCAGCUCCCAGCCUCCCAUAAUAGUUGUAAACAAAACAGUGUAUGUAUUUAAAGCUUUUAGUAAUUUUAUUCAUUACACUGUAAAUUUCAAGGAGUUAAAUCAACUCGGAAAGUGUUGUUCUGUUACCACAGAAAUAGAAUACAUCUACACACUGUUAAACAAAACUUUGUGACUUUCUUCGCGUUUGGCAAAACUGCAAAUUUUACACAAGUUCAUUUGUGUGUGAACAUUAUGGUCGCUACCAACCUAUAUGAAUGGGCUUGGUUGAUCAUAAAUUACAAAAGACAGUGGACUAUAUUAAUCAUCUUUCUAUAAGUAGUAGUUAAAACAUGAGCAGCCGAUCUUUAUCUGAUAUACAAACUCGAGCCGAAGGUGAGACCCAUCUUAUGAGUUCAUCGGCGAAGUAAUUUUAAAAAUAAACAUUGUCUAAGCCGAGAAAAUCAAAGCUGAAGUUUAUGUAAAUCAGAACAAAUCUUUAUCCGAUUUACAAACAUUGAUCAAACAUUCAUUUCUUUUGAAAUUUCUUCAGGAAUUAUUAAUGAGUAUUUUAAAGAGUCAUACACACUGAUCACUAUUGUUUCAUAAAGCCAAUUACAAAACACGAUCAUUCAUUUACCCGAACGUCUUAUCAUCGAUUGUAAAGUGUAUACAUGGACUACUUAACUUUUUGAUUGUUUUAAAUUUGUUCAAAAUGUAUUUUCUCGAAUUUUUACAACAAAUUAAUGGUUUAGAACUGUAAUUCUGUAAACAUUUAUUUAAAAGUGCACGUUUGGUUUAUUUAGAAAUACUGAUAAAAAAUAGAAAUGCAUGUUAUAAAAUGUCUCUUGGUUGAAGUAAAACAGCAUAUUUUCAUGAAUCCAAUGUAAUUAAAUUAAAUUAUUAAAAAGGCGCAGUGUACAUUACAGCAUGUAGACCUCUCUUUAUCCUUUGUCUUCAUAUAUUUCUUACUGUAGUUUUCUUCAACUUUCUUUCUUUAUCCGCUGAUUCCUUCUCUUUCACUUUACUUCCCGUUUCCCCUCAAAUUUCUCUUGAUAUAGCCUUUUCAAAUAUUCUUGUAAAUUGUAUUAUAUACAUGCCACAACACUAUACGGUGAUGUGUGUAUCCUGGCUAAAUAUAAAGAUAAAAAUAAUAACAAUAAAUCAGUUCCAUUUCUCAUGCAAAUAUUUUCUUCUCUUAUAGUGUCAAACAGAAUCAAGUCCAUGGCUGUCUAUUACAGGUUAAUAUUUCAUUAUAUUGUUGUAUGUACAUGUUAUUAGAAUAUACUAGGUUUGUACAACUAAUGGCCAGUAUGUGAUAUUGAACAAUUAGCCUUUCUCACGCUGCCAUUUUUGGGUGGCAUUUCAGCCGAGGUCUGCGAGAUAAGUCCACAUAACAGCGACUUUUUGUAAUUUUUUGGACGAAUGAUGGUAAAUCUGUUUUGCAAAUGGUUAGUUUAUUUUGAAAAAUUGCUUUUCACAUUGGUUUAAUUGUCUGCAUUGGUUAACAAGAAUUAGAUGGCACCCAAAAAUGGCGGAUAUUCGUCAUCGUGAGAAAUGCUAAUUGCGACUUUUAAGAUCACUUCUUUAUUUUGUUUUAGAUACGAGAACUGUUAAACAGCGCGUCCACUAACGUGGCUCUCUCCAACCGAACGAAGGAAGAUAUUUACACGAGCAUUGUUCCUUUAUUAUCAAAACGUGUUUGGCUGGCUUUCAG